CUCGUUCAAAAGUCCAAAUUAACGAAGGCAUGGACGAAAUUCUCGAUUUACUGAACUAUCCGCAAGAACAAGUUUCCAAGUCAAAAACAUGGCGCGAUCUAUUGAUUACUGUCAAAACCACAAAAAGUUUUUCUUAUGUAAAAGUUGUUUAGAUUUAUCCCUCGAAAGCGAAAUUGAUCCCUGUUCGGUGGAAGAAGUGAAUCAAGAAGACUACAACAUUGGACGUUUUUCCAAAAAAGAACUUCUCAAAAUAAACGAGCACCGAAAUUCACGUGUUGAAAGAAAAGAUCAAAUUCAACACUCAGAGCAAAGCCAAAUUGUUGAAAAUGAGCAAUCGUAUCUUCUUAAGGUGCAAAUGACAAUGUUUGUUCAAUUAGUUGUCCAAUUAUUCAUGGUUAGCACAAACACUCCCGAUUACAACACAGACAUAAUGGCUUCUGAAUGCCGUUAUAUUCUGGCAUAUACUGUCAUUUCGUUGUUUAUUUUUGAACAUAAACUGAAAACUACUCAUCCUAGCAAUUUCUCUAGUCAUGGAAUUUCUAAGUUGUCUAAUUUUAAAGAAUUGAAACAUUACAGGUUUUCGGUAAUCUCUCAAAAAUAUUCAGGAGUUGAUUUUGAUAUUUUGAGUCAUACUUCAGACCAUUUUGGCACCCUUGAUGGGGCUAGUUUCAUUGGUGCGAGCCCAAAUUAA